AUCACCAUGCCAUAGCCCCCAACUCGGCCGAUCGAGCAAUGAAAUCAUGCAAGCGGAUGCGUCUCCCUGCUCAAUGCAUAAGCACUCAGCGACGAUUCUUCAUGGCGAGAGAGCGAUUUCUCGGAGAUUCGACGUUCCGUGGUAUUGGCGUAGUCCGCAUGUCUCGACCUGCAAAGAGACCUUCCCGCCGCGGGACGAUUCUGCUGGUGCGCAUACACGGCGGAGAAUGCAGAAGGUGUCGCGAGGAGCGCUUGCGGCCGGCCUGAACAGUCGAUGGCAGAACGGCACCGAGAGCCAGACUACGGCCAGGACUCCGACGAACGGCUUGGAAGGUUCGAUACUGUCCCUCGCCCGCCUGCAAAUAUCAAAUUGUACACCGAGAGGCGAGUUCCCGAAAAGGCUACAUCCAGCCGAAUCGUCAGCAAAGUGCAGUGAUCCCAAGCGCACAGCUACAAGGC